GUGCCAAAUUCAAGAGCGGAAAAAAAAAAAAAGUUCUCCUGCGAAGUGCGAGCAAGUUUUAGUCACUCAAGGGAAACAUAGAAGGACAUGGUGGUUGAUGAGUGGAAGCACACAUCGAUGUAUAAACUACGAAUCUAUGGACUAAUAAUAAAUGUUAACGCGCAUAAUGGAACGUAUAAUGAAAGCGCGCUCUUGAGAAUUUAGGAAGAGAUGAGGCCAUAAUUAUCGGCAACACCCGACUGAUAUUUAUACCGAAACCAUCCAAUGGCAACGACUGGUUCAAUUCAUCUUUUCUAAACGAUUCCUGAUGUUGUUAACACCAUUGGUCUCACAGCGUUGGACUUUUACAGCAUAAAGGAGAUCUAUUCGGACACACCAAGCAAGAAACUGUGUGGAAUUAAAAGAAUUGUUCGCAUCAAUUGUGUUGUUUUAAAUUCUCAAAAUGACUGUCAAACUGGACUUUGAAGAAUGCUUGAAAGACUCCCCACGAUUCCGGGCAGAAAUCGAGAAGGUGGAGGUCAACGUUAAUGAACUGGAGACGAGACUCGAGAAGUUGGUGAAACAGUGCCACACUAUGCUGGAUGCAGGCCGUGCCUAUUGCCUGAACAGCAAGAGCUUUGUAAAUGGCCUUAAAGAGCUGGGACACCACUGUUCUGAGGACCGAACUAUGGGGGAUUGUUUAGAAAAGUUUUCUAAAAAGCUGUCAGACAUUGUUAGUGCUCAAGAGGAGGUGAUUGAAACCACACAAAAGUCUGUGAAGUUGAAGUUACAGAAUUUUGUGAAAGAGGAUGUGAAGCGUUUCAAGGAUGUGCGGAAGGAGUUCGAGCGUAGCAGUGAGAACCUGGAGACGGCACUGAGCAGGAACGCUCAGGCACCACGCGGGAAACAGCAUGAGGUGGAAGAGGCCAGCAAUAACCUACUGAAUGCACGCAGAGCCUUCAGAUCAGGGGCCCUGGACUACGUGCUGCAGAUUAAUGUCAUUGAGUCCAAGAAGAAAACUGAAAUUCUCAUGGCGAUGCUUUCUCUUAUGGAUGCCCAGGCUCUGUUCUUCCAACAGGGCUAUCAGUCACUCACUGAACUGGAAAACUACCGCAAACAGCUGAGUGAAGAGUAUACUCAAUUGGUCCUGAAUUCUGCAAGAGAGAAAAGGGACAUGGAGCAGAGACUCGGUGCAGUCAAGAAAAAGGAUGUGUCAUAUGAUGACUCCAUUAUGGACUUCAGCCCAGAUGCACCCAAUGGCAUCGCAAUGGAAGGUUACUUGUACAAGAGAGCCAGCAAUGCUUUCAAAACAUGGAGCAGGCGCUGGUUCUCCAUUCAGAAGAACCAGCUGGUUUACCAAAAGAAACAUAAUGAGCAGAUCACUGUUGUUGUGGAGGACUUGCGGUUAUGCACAGUGAAGCCCUGCAGUGAACAAGACAGACGAUUCUGCUUUGAGGUUGUCUCUCCCUCCAAGAGCUGUUUAUUACAGGCUGAUUCAGAGCGACAGCAGCAAAGCUGGAUCAGCGCUGUCCAGAACAGCAUCGCCUCAGCAUUCCAGGACAGAAGAGAUGACACUCUUAGCUCUAGAGAUCGCUGUAGCUCAGUGUCUGCGGGAAGUGUGCGUCUGAGUUCAGGGGAUCAGGAAACGUCUGGUCGGGAGGCCCUGGAGGAGGUGCAGGCUAUCUCAGGGAACGGACAGUGCUGUGACUGUGGGGAGCCUGGACCCGACUGGGCCUCUAUUAAUCUGGGCAUCACACUGUGCAUUACCUGCUCUGGCAUACACAGGAGUUUAGGUGUCCACUUCUCAAAGGUACGAUCCCUUACGUUGGACUCAUGGGAGCCAGAGCUCGUCAAACUCAUGUGUGAGUUAGGAAACACAGCCAUUAACAAGAUCUAUGAGGCACGUAUUGAUGAGAUCACGAUCAAGAAGCCCCACCCCUCUAGUCCGAGGCAGGAUAAGGAGUCGUGGAUUCGCUCUAAGUAUGUAGAAAAGAAAUUCAUCCACAAACUCCCUGAGACUGGUCGAGGAACGGUCCUGCGGCGCUCCAGUGCCCGACGAAAUCGAGCAACCACACAGGAUAGACCGAGCACACGCCCUCCCAUCAAACCCAAACCCAACCGAGCCACUCUGCCACGACUCACGGGCCUGAGCCCAAGUGACAUAAUGAAGAACAAUUCAAGCUCUCAUAAAGAUAAUGAUGAAGAGGAGGAUCUGAGUGGUCUUCAUCCCGGGGCUUUGCUGUAUCGAUCUGUGGCAAUGCAGCAUUUCCCUCUCAUGGCAGAUGCUCUGGCGCAUGGCGCCGAUGUCAACUGGGUCAAUGUGGCUGAAGACAGCAGAACUCCACUAAUACAAGCCGCUUUGGCUAAUUCCUUGGCAGCCUGUGAGUUCCUUCUACAGAAUGGCGCUAAUGUUAACCAGGUGGACUUGAAAGGGAGGGGACCACUACACCAUGCUACCAUACUGGGACAUACAGGGUUGGUGUGUCUGUUUCUUAAGAGAGGAGCAGACUACAACGCAAAAGACGUCGAAGAUAAGGACCCAAUCGGCAUAGCCAUAGAUAAUGCCAACGCCGACAUCGUCACGCUACUCCGGAUAGCCAAGAUGAACAAGGAGAUGCGGGAGAUGGACGGCACUCCAUCAGGUGAUGAUACCUAUCAUGACAUCUUCAGGGAUUUCUCCCAAAUGGCUUCCAAUAACCCAGAGAAGCUUAAGCGCCGUAGCGCUGACAUGAAGUAAACCACCUGACCACUAGAUGUCAAUGUUACACCAAUAUACACAUAUUGGCGCUCCAGUAGACAGAAUGAAGUUACCACUUUCUAUUGCUUUUCUUUUUUUGCUGAAAUAUCACCCGGCUGGCUUCCACAGUAAACACCUCUUAUGAAAUGCUGCUUCAUUUGGUUUGUCUGGUGCACAUGAUUGUGGGUCUAAACAUCUGGGUUUUAGCAUAUUUAUCCCAGUUUAGGCUUUAGGAUGUCAUUAAUAAUUUUUGCUGUUUCCAGGCAGUUAUUUCUUCAGGCACAAUCCUUAUUCCUUUACAUUGACCUUCUAUUAGCCCGAUAAUUUAUCAUUUGAGCAAGUUUACAUUCCAGAUGUUAUGAACGCAACAAGUGGAACAUAAAGCCAGACAGUAGUGGUGGAGUGCAUGUCUGUACGUUUCUCAUUCUCAAUUUAUCCUCAUUCAAAUUAUUUUCAAUGGACAAGUUGCUUUUCUUUUCUUUCAUUUUAUUCACUAUGUUGUGAGCCACAGUGUUAAUGCAACUUGAAUGUAAAUGUUACUUUGGGUGAGAGAUCACUGUUUGCUUGGUUCUCCUGUAUAUUUUUAUUUCCAUUUUCUUUUUUAUGAAACCAAAACAUCAGAUUUGAAAUGGUUAAUUAAGGUGUUUUGAAAGCAUGCAGUGUUCUAAGCAACAUGUUUGAAAUGAAUUACCGUGGAAACGGUAGAAUAUGUAGCUAAUUAAAUAAAUGAUUCAUGACUUA